GAGAGAGGGAUGAUAACAGUAGUGUGCAGUGUGUUUUAAUCUACAUUACAGUCCUGGCAGUCAUACUCAGGUUUCACCAUGGUUCCAGCCCAGCAGCUCCUGCUGUCCCACCGGGAGGUUCUGCUGGACUGGCUGAGUGUGAACCCCACCCCCCUGCUGCGCUGGUUAGCAGACGCGGGGGUCCUGACGCCGGAACAAUACCGGGUGCUGCUGCAGCGUUCCCCCGCCAACAGGGUGGCCAACGUCCUGGAGCAGGUCUGCAAAAGCCAGCAGAGCAGUCGGGCAUUCCUGCAGGUCCUGCACAGCGUUCAGAGCUACUACUGCACCCAGCUGCAGGACUGGACCCUCCAACACUGCCCCCAAACACCACCACCCUCACCUCCCACACCACCAUCACCGCGCACAGGGACCGGCACAGCGAGACCCAAAACAGGCCGGACAAAGAGUCCACUGUCCAAACUUUUCACCAGGGGCAAAUCUAAGGAGUACACCAUACCGAAGGAUGAAGUGGACAGUCCAAAGCCCCAAGUGAACCUGAAGACACCUGUUGUAAAAGUCUCCCUCAGCGCUCACAAAAACACUGUUCUCCAUCGGACUGAGAGGCUAAUGUGUUACUCUGAGGGGGAAGGGCAGGACUCCAGCUCCCAGGCCCACAUCGAUAUCCGCUACACCGACCUGUUCGUUACUGAAGAUGACGAACUGUCAAACGAAGGCCACGAGUAUUUCAAACAGGCCAGUCGCCAGUCACCUAUUUACCCUCACCAGACCUACAGGCUGAUCCACCCACGAGACCUGCUAAAUCCUGAUCCUAAAACAGGGAGCAUCCCAAAGCGGGUGAAGGUGAAGGGCAUCGCUGGGAUUGGUAAAAGUGUAGCGAUGCAGAGGCUCCUGUACGAAUGGGCUUUGGGGAAGCACCUUCAGACGUUUUCAUGUGUGUUUGACCUGCGUUUCCGUGAGCUGAAUUUGAUAGACGGUCCUAUAAGCUUGCGUGAGCUGCUAUCUUCCAGAUUCCUAUACCUGAAAAAUGUUCUGACGCACUUGUUUGAGUGUGCCACAUCUUUACUCUUCAUUCUGGAUGGACUGGAUGAGUUUAGACACCGUCUGGACUGGACUGCUGAAGACAGGGACUUAACCGUAGACUCACAGAUAUCGGUCUCAGAGUUGCUGGUUGCCCUGGUCAAAGGUAACCUUCUUCCCCAGUCUUCAGUCAUCCUGACUACAAGACCAUCCACAGAUGCACCCAAGUGCUUUUUCCAGCGCUGGUGCGUGGUCCUGGGCUUUCAGGAGAAACAUGUCGAAGAGUACACAAUGAAAUUCUACAAGGAUCCUGUAGCAGCUAAGAAGGUCUUCAGCUAUAUGGUGAAGAAUGAUAAUCUGUAUGCCUUGUCCUUCAUCCCCCUGUACUGCUACAUCAUCUGCGCUGCUUUGGCCGAGUUCUUCUCCACGGACAGCAACGACGGACAGUCUCUGGACCUCAAUCCUCCUAGAACUGUCAGUGAAGUUUACUACUACUACCUAUACACUACCAUAAAGCACCAUGCACUGAAGGACAAUACAGAUGCAAGCUCACCCAAGCCGAAGAUUCUCACUCUGGUGAAAGAGCAGCUCAUGAACUUGGGGAGGCUUGCCUACAACAACCUGCUGAGGAACAGGAUCCUGUUUGACAAGGAAGACCUGGAGAAAUUUGGCCUUGAUCUCCGUGGCAUCCGGAGCACCUUCCUUUGUCAGAUCCUUGUGUCAGUAGAGAAUGAGAAGGAGAUGGAAAUGUUCUCGUUCUUCCACUUGACGCUGCAGGAGUACCUUGCUGCCUUAUUCUGUGUGGUCAGCGUCUCCGGUCACGUAGAAAUCCUGACGGGACUCAAUUAUUGGUGUUUUGGAGAACUUCAGCCACCAGCCAAAAGUCCUCCCCUCAGUGUCAACCCCAUGCCAGCUGGAGAUCAUCUUGAACCAUACCGUGUGGAGAACCUGCAGAUGUUCACCCGCUUCUUUGCAGGACUGGUAAGGGCUCGACUCACCAGGCUGCUGGAUGGUAUGGUGGAGAAUGACCUUGCAGGGGAUGAUGAAGGCAUGACCUUGCUGUCCCAGUUGGGCGACUGGUUUCAGAGUCAGUUUAAAAAAACUGAGCUCACAAAUCAAACAGCUCUGAACCUUCUCCACUGCCUGAUGGAGUUGCACUUAUCGGAGGUCACCAGCAGGGUGGCGCCAGAGAUCAGGAGUUUGUGCCUUUUUAAGAUGAAGCUUAGUGUGGUGGAUUGUGCUGCUAUCCAUUACGUACUGCAGUUCUCGACACACAGUCUGGAGGAGUUGAACGUCGGCUACUCCAACAUCGGCAACAAGGGCUUCAGCAGGCUUGGGCCAAUCCUGCAUCGCUGUGAAUCACUGUAUUUGCGCUACAACUGCUUGGGUACUGAUGCCGCAAUCAAGGAAUCUGCGGUUCUAAGAUCGGAUGACUGUCAGGUGAAAAAGCUGUUUAUGUGUGGGAAUAAGGUGGGUCCUGAGGGUGCCCAGGCAUUGUGGGCCGCCCUGGAACACAACCAAACCGUGGAAGAGAUUUAUCUGGACAUCACCGGGAUAACAGAGACCGGCACAGAGAACCUCGUCCAGUGUCUGAGCAAAAACACUGCACUGAAAAAUUUAACUGUUGUGGGGAACGAGCUUGGGGAGGCCGGCUGGGCGAGGUUGAGGGAGUUGGGCCGGCUCAGGCCGGAUCUCCGCAUCAUUGGUCACUUUGUGGAGGAUCUGGAGCUGCUGGAGGCAUACCUGGGCUGGGUGGAGGAGAUUCAGGAGGACCGUGAGCAGAUGGACUCGGUUAAGAACGUAGACGCACUGCAGUCCGUGUUGAAGGGUCUUUGGCUCAGCGAAGGAACCGGAGAAAACGCCGUCAAAGCCAAAGAGCUGGAGACCAAAAUCCUCCAGCUGCUGGAGAGCAGCGAACUGUCCUCACUAAGAGCCAAAUGAGAAACGAACAUCUACAAUUCAGAAAUGAUAUAUUGUUUAUAUAGUUGGUGUAAAUGCAUAUCUUGAUACAUGAUCUUGUGUAGUGAGUACACUGAAUCUUCUGGAACAUCUCGGAGGAGAUGGAGGACAGGGAACUGUAUAUAUGUGUAUAUGUAUUGUAUACUCAAGGUACUGAAUGCAUACAUUUCCUCUGGGAUGAAUAACGUAUAUCUACUUUAUUGUAUGCUGUGUUUUCCUGACCAGUAGUUUUAUAAGGAAUUUCAGGAACAUGUUUUGUAUGGACUAUAUUCUAAGUUGUGCAAUAAAAUAACACAUAUAAUA